CGGUCUGGUAGGCGGGAGCGGGAAACAAAAGAAGAGCAAUGACGCAUGCGUUUGGUCUGCCCUGGUUUCUGGUGGGUCCUUCCGCUCAGGGGGAGAGAAGUGCUUCCGGGUCGCUGCCGGCAGCCGCCUCCCGGCGCGGAGCCAUGUCCACCUUGUUUCCCUCACUCUUUCCCCGUGUGACUGAGACUCUGUGGUUUAAUCUGGAUCGACCUUGUGUGGAAGAGACAGAGCUGCAGCAGCAAGAACAGCAGCAUCAGGCCUGGCUCCAGAGCAUUGCAGAGAAAGACAACAACCUGGUACCUAUUGGCAAGCCAGCUUCAGAGCACUAUGAUGAUGAGGAGGAAGAAGAUGAAGAUGAUGAUGAGGAUAGUGAAGAGGACUCAGAGGAUGAUGAGGACAUGCAGGACAUGGACGAGAUGAAUGACUACAAUGAAUCACCUGACGAUGGGGAGGUCAAUGAGGUGGACAUGGAAGGCAACGAACAGGAUCAGGACCAGUGGAUGAUCUAAGUAGACAAGGCAUGGUGGCCUCAGGGAGAUUCCAGGCCAACGCAACCUACCUGUAACCCCUGCAGAACCAGCUGAUCACCCCAGUGCCUGAAAGCUCACCCUCAGGCACCUCUUCAGCUGCUGCCAGGACCUGGUCUCCUUGGCCCCUCCCAGGCCAUCAGCCUGCCCUUGAAUCCCCAGGGCCUGAGCCCACCACACCUUUUUGGCCAGUACCUCACCUCUUGAUUGCCAGGUGUAGUCUCUUUCUAACUCUCUUUAAUAAAGACACAGGACUGAAUUCUGCC